GUUACACUGGGGUGACAGUGCGCAGUCGCAGCCGCGGCCGGGAGAGGACUGUGCGAACCGGGGCGGAGGGUCGCCGGGGACCGUCACCGGGACCGAGACCGUCCUGCAGCCGCCGGCCGGGGGUGGCGGUCUGCACUGCGCUGCCCCACCCAAGCGGGUAGCUGGCACCGCCAAUGUCGGGUGUGAGGACUCGUCCACACGGAGCUGGCGAGGCUGGGGCUGGCGGAUGGGAGCCGAGGAUGGGCCAGAUGACCAAAAUGGCCAGAACCUCUGACCUGGAGUUCGGAGGGCCCCUAGGUGCGCUGGUGCUGGUCGCCCUGCUGCCCUGCACCGUUCUCUACCUGCUGCUCGCCUGCCGCACUGAGGCAGCCAGCGUCCUGAACAACCCCCUACCCCAGCUGGACCCAAGCCAGCUCUGGGACCCCGCCGCCUUGAUCCUGGUUCUCGCCUGGUUUGCCCUCCAGUCUGUGCUCUACCUCCUUCCUCUGGGCAAGGUUACGCAAGGCAUGCCACUUUGGGAUGGCACCCGUCUCUCCUACCGGAUUAAUGGUCUGCAUGCCGUCGUGAUCACCGCGCUGUUGACGGCGGUGGGCACCGCCUGCGGGCUGCCCCUCGCCCACGUUCACGACUGCUGUGUGCAGCUGGCCUGCGUCUGUAUCCUGACCUCGCUCGCCCUCAGCGUCCUCCUCUACGCCCGCUCGCUGUGUGUGCCCGAGGCGGCCCUGGCGCCCGGCGGGAACUCAGGCAACCCCAUCUACGACUUCUUUAUCGGGCACGAGCUGAACCCCCGCAUCGGCAACUUUGACCUCAAAUACUUCUGCGAACUGCGGCCGGGACUGAUUGGUUGGCUGCUUAUCAACCUGGCCAUGCUGAUGAAGGAGUGGGAGUUGCAAGGAAGCCCGUCUCUCGCCAUGCUGCUCGUCAACGCCUUCCAGAUCCUCUACGUGUUUGACGCCCUUUGGCACGAGGAGGCGGUCCUGACCACGAUGGACAUCGUCAACGACGGCUUUGGCUUCAUGCUGGCCUUCGGGGACCUGACCUGGGUGCCCUUUACCUACAGCCUGCAGGCCCACUUCCUGGUGUCUCACCCUCAGGAGCUGAGCCCCACUGGGGCGGUCGCCAUCAUCCUCCUCAACGCCCUUGGAUAUUAUAUCUUCCGCAGCGCGAACUCGCAGAAGAACACAUUCCGCAGGAACCCCGGCGACCCCACGGUGGCAGGCCUGGAAACGAUCCCCACGGCAACUGGGCGGCAGCUGCUGGUGUCGGGCUGGUGGAGCUUGGUGCGUCACCCGAACUACCUGGGGGAUCUGAUCAUGGCUCUGGCCUGGUCUCUGCCCUGUGGUCUGGGCCACGCUCUGCCUUAUUUCUACGUUGUCUACUUCACCGCGCUGCUGAUCCACCGUGAGGCCAGGGAUGAACACCUGUGCCGCAGGAAGUACGGCUCGGCCUGGAGCACUUACUGUGGCCGUGUCCCUUACCGCAUCUUCCCCUAUCUGUACUGACGAGGGAGUCGGGGCGGUGGCUAGCCGUCUGCUUUCUCCACGCCGGCUCCAUCCACUCUCCUCCACCCUUCCUUCUCCAGCUCCACCGGUCAACUCGAGGACUGUGCGAGGUCGAAUCAGCUGGGUAACUGGUGAAUGUCCACGGCCAUCCUGUUGCUGCCUCCGGUGUGUGUGUGUGUGCCUCAGUGGAAGCCAUCGGACGAGCUCCCCGCUCCCCUCGGUCUUCAGCCAGUCUCGCUGCACUGGCUGAGAUUGGCGUUUGAAAGAUGAGCCUUGUUUAUCGCGUGUACAUCGAAGCCUACAGUGAAAUGCCUGGUUUGCGUCAACCGCUUGAGGAUGUGCUGGGGGCAGCCCGCAAGUGCGUUUCUACCCGUAACCGCGCGGGUUUCCUCCGGAUGAUCCGGAUUCCUCCAGCGUUCCAAAUGUGUACCGGUUAGGGUGAGUGAAUUGUGGGCGUGCGGCGAUCCGCGACGGAAACGUGGUGACACUUGCGGGCUGCCUCGUAAAAUCCUCACUGAUUUGAUUGGACACAAACGACACAUUUCACUAUAUGUCUUGACAAAUAAAGAUGAUCUUUAAUCUCUUUAAAACUUUAAAAAAAAUACACAAUAAUUUUUUAAAAAAUACAGAACGAUAAUAGAUAAAAGAUGUGAUCAAAUGUGAAUGAUCUGCUGAGGUGAAAAAUGUGACUUUUUACACUUAUUUAGCUUUUAAUCAGGGUGAAACUUUUUGACACAUGCCUUUGUAGUUAAGUGCAGAAAACUGGAUCUCUGCGGGGGGUGUCAGUGCUGCCUCUCUGUGAGGGAAGAUGGUAAGCUCGUGUUUAAUAUUGGGUGUGCGUGUUCUCCAGGUGAGGAUUGUGGGUAAUGUGGCCUAAUAUCUGCCCGGUACUUAUAAUUUAUUAUCUUAACAUUAAUUCCUGUUAUAUUGGUGGGGGCCAAAUAAAUGAACUGCUUUCAAUCUUACUGAAAUGAAAUGAAUUAUCUUUAUUGUCAUUGCAUAGUACAAUUUGUCAUGCACCAAUACAGCGAAAAUGAGUUUGCAACUCUUGUACUCAAUGCUAUAAAACAACAAAUAAAAUAAAUAAACAAUAAAUAAAAUCAAGU